AUGGACACGUACACGCAGGCGCUCAAGGUUCUCUCUCUCGAACGCGCCGCUUUCCCCGAUGCUAGCGCGUCCGCCACCGCUUCCCCUCACCCCGCGGAAAGCGCCCGUCAGGGUUCACUUCCCGGGCAUUGGCGGCGCAGGAGGGGCGGAAGGACUUCCGCGCGCGGGGGACGGGGGGAGGCGUCUGGCGGAAAGCGCGCGCACAGGAGCCAGUCGGAGAAGAAGCCGCAAGCGAACCUGAUGCCUCCGCUUUCCCCCAUCUCCCCAACCUCCGCGCGUGCUGCGGACGUAACCCCCAUACGCGGACACCCGGUCAGCGCUUUGCGCACAGAAACGCCCCCAGGAAGCGCCGUCGCGGCGUUAUCGGCGCAAGAAGUAUCCCCCGCUGCUGCGGCGGCGGAGGGGGCUCUAGACGGCAGGCGGCGGCGGCAGCGGCUCAUAGGACGGCAGAUUGCAUGGGCGGCGGCUCCCGCGGAAGGGGAACUUUCUCCUUCCGCUGGUUGCAGGGAGACAGGGAUGGGGGGAAGAGUGGGGGAGGCGCGGGGGGAGGCGCACGAAGAAGCAGACGUGGUGGAGGUGGUCGGGGGAGGGAGGGAAUGGGAGACGGGGAGCGGAGGUGCGGAGGCGGGGGGAGAGAGUGGGAGUGUCAAUUUGAUUAAGGGCAAAAAGGAUGGGCGAAUGGGGGAGCAGAGGGGGGAGCAGAGGGGCCGGGUAAGUGGCGGAAAGGGGCUAAGAGCGUGGGAGGUGGCGGGGGGAGAUGGUCAGCGGGCGGGGGAGAGGGCCGCAGGUCGAGCAGGGGGAACAGAAGGCAGGAUAGGGGGGGACUGCGAAGAGAGUAAGGACGGGGGGAGCGCGGAUGAAGGGAAGGAGGAAGAGGAGGGAGAGGAGGACGAUGAGGAGGAGGAGGAGGAAGAGGAGGAGGAGGAGGAGGAAGAGGAGGAGGAGGAGGAAGAGGAGGAGGAGGAGGAGGAAGAGGAGGAGGAGGAACCGGAGGAGGAGGAAGGGGAGGAAGGGGAAAAGCAGGAGGGGGUGGGUGGUGUGGGGAGAGCAGGGAAGCAGCCGAGCGGACAGGCGGCAGCAGAGGCACAGUUGCUUGUGAGUGACCCGAGACAGGCUUCUAGUCAACACCUGUCAGUGGGAGGAGCAUCAGCACAAGCAGAACCGGUGCAAGCAGCAUCAGCACAGCAGCCCUUGACGAUACACUCUCAGCCGCUACAAAGGGAGCAAAAGGAGGAGGACGGGGGAGCAGUGGCGGCUAUUGAGGCGAAUCAAGAGGCUGCAGGGGAAUGUGCGUCACAGCAGCCAUGGGAGGCACCCUCCAGCACGCACGGCGCAGCAGAGGCGAUGGGGAUGGGCACGGGCACGGGCGUGGGAACAGGCAUGGGCAUGGGCAUGGGCAUGGGCAUGGGCGUGGGAACAGGCAUGGGCAUGGGCACGGGCGUGGGAACAGGGAUGGGCAUGGGCAUGGGCAUGGGCGUGGGAACAGGGAUGGGCAUGGGCAUGGGCAUGGGCAUGGGCGUGGGAACAGGCAUGGGCAUGGGCACGGGCGUGGGAACAGGGAUGGGCAUGGGCAUGGGCAUGGGCAUGGGCAUGGGCGUGGGAACAGGCAUGGGCAUGGGCACGGGCGUGGGAACAGGGAUGGGCAUGGGCAUGGGCAUGGGCGUGGGAACAGGGAUGGGCAUGGGCAUGGGCAUGGGCAUGGGCGUGGGAACAGGCAUGGGCAUGGGCACGGGCGUGGGAACAGGGAUGGGCAUGGGCAUGGGCAUGGGCAUGGGCAUGGGCGUGGGAACAGGCAUGGGCAUGGGCACGGGCGUGGGAACAGGGAUGGGCAUGGGCAUGGGCAUGGGCGUGGGAACAGGGAUGGGCAUGGGCAUGGGCAUGGGCAUGGGCGUGGGAACAGGCAUGGGCAUGGGCACGGGCGUGGGAACAGGGAUGGGCAUGGGCAUGGGCAUGGGCAUGGGCAUGGGCGUGGGAACAGGCAUGGGCAUGGGCACGGGCGUGGGAACAGGGAUGGGCAUGGGCAUGGGCAUGGGCGUGGGAACAGGGAUGGGCAUGGGCAUGGGCAUGGGCAUGGGCGUGGGAACAGGCAUGGGCAUGGGCACGGGCGUGGGAACAGGGAUGGGCAUGGGCAUGGGCAUGGGCAUGGGCAUGGGCGUGGGAACAGGCAUGGGCAUGGGCACGGGCGUGGGAACAGGGAUGGGCAUGGGCAUGGGCAUGGGCGUGGGAACAGGGAUGGGCAUGGGCAUGGGCAUGGGCAUGGGCGUGGGAACAGGCAUGGGCAUGGGCACGGGCGUGGGAACAGGGAUGGGCAUGGGCAUGGGCAUGGGCAUGGGCAUGGGCGUGGGAACAGGCAUGGGCAUGGGCACGGGCGUGGGAACAGGGAUGGGCAUGGGCAUGGGCAUGGGCGUGGGAACAGGGAUGGGCAUGGGCAUGGGCAUGGGCAUGGGCGUGGGAACAGGCAUGGGCAUGGGCACGGGCGUGGGAACAGGGAUGGGCAUGGGCAUGGGCAUGGGCAUGGGCAUGGGCGUGGGAACAGGCAUGGGCAUGGGCACGGGCGUGGGAACAGGGAUGGGCAUGGGCAUGGGCAUGGGCGUGGGAACAGGGAUGGGCAUGGGCAUGGGCAUGGGCAUGGGCGUGGGAACAGGCAUGGGCAUGGGCACGGGCGUGGGAACAGGGAUGGGCAUGGGCAUGGGCAUGGGCAUGGGCAUGGGCGUGGGAACAGGCAUGGGCAUGGGCACGGGCGUGGGAACAGGGAUGGGCAUGGGCAUGGGCAUGGGCGUGGGAACAGGGAUGGGCAUGGGCAUGGGCAUGGGCAUGGGCGUGGGAACAGGCAUGGGCAUGGGCACGGGCGUGGGAACAGGGAUGGGCAUGGGCAUGGGCAUGGGCAUGGGCAUGGGCGUGGGAACAGGCAUGGGCAUGGGCACGGGCGUGGGAACAGGGAUGGGCAUGGGCAUGGGCAUGGGCGUGGGAACAGGGAUGGGCAUGGGCAUGGGCAUGGGCAUGGGCGUGGGAACAGGCAUGGGCAUGGGCAUGGGCAUGGGCGUGGGAACAGGCAUGGGCAUGAGAAGAACGAACCUCAUCCCCGCUGCUGCUGCUGUGGCCACUCCAAGGCCGCGGCCAAGCGAGGGCUUCUGGGCCCACGUGGAGGGCUUCUUCCGCCCUGUCACCACUGCUGACGUGGCGCUGCUCUCCCCUGCUGCUUACGUGGCACACUUCAGCCGCAUCACGGAGCGAGAUCCCGCCUUUGCCCUGCCCCCUGCAGGCCACCGCCCCCGCUUAGACCACCACUCAGUGCUGACCUCAAAGGGGCGCGCACAGGAAGGGGGGGCACAUGCAGUGAUGGCAGUGGUGCCACGGCAGGGGGGGAAACAGGGGCUUGUGAAGGGGGAGGGGACGUGGAGGGGGGAUGGAGUAGGAGAUGGGCGUUUGGGGGAACAGGGGGGUGAGAGAAGGGCGGGGGAGGAUGGGCAGGGGGGAGCGGGGCGAGAGGGGGGACAGGCGGGAAUGCAGCUGCAGGGGCAGCAGUUGCAGCAGCAGCAGGGGGAGCAGCAACAGCGAGGCCAGCAGCAGCCGCAGAAGCGGAGGAGGCAGAGGCAGCAGGGAGGGGCAGUGAGGGCUGGGGGGAGCGACAGACAGCUGCGGAAGAGGAGGGGGGGGCAGGUGGGGGAGGGAGGGGAUGGUGCUGCUGCAGGGGCCAGGGCUGGGGUGAGUGACGGUGCAGUGAGUAGUGGCGUUAGGGUGGGUGGUGGCGAUGUGACCGUGGUGGUGCCUGGGAGUAAGAGGCGGCGCACACGACUGGGUGGCGGUGGGGGUGGUGGGGGUGCUGGUGUUGCUGGUGCCGCGGGAAGGGGGAGGCAGGGGGGAGGGAAGGGAGCAGAGGGGGGAGCGGAGGAGGAGGAGGGGGGAGGGGAUGGGGAGGCGUGUGACGUGUGUUGCCAGACAGACAGUGACGAUGCAAACCCCAUUGUGUUCUGCGAUGGCUGUGACGUGGCUGUGCACUGCCAGUGCUACGGCAUCCCCCCUGCUGCCCUGCUGCCCGUGGGGGGAGAGGAACGGACGAGAGAAAAAGGGGAGGGAGAGCCGGAGCAGGGAGGGGGGGAGCACAGUAGGGAUGACGAGGAGGAGGAGGCAAGUCUGCCAUGGCUGUGUGCGCGGUGCAGCAGCAGCCGGCCCGCUGAGGUGCGCUGUGCGCUCUGCCCUGUGCUCUCCGGCAUGUGCGCAGUGCCCUUCCACCCCAUGUGCGCGCGCCAGGGGGGCUUGCUCAUGACCCUCUCCGCCUCCCCCUGCUCCCCCCGCGUGCUCCUUAAGGCCUUCUGCCCCCGCCACUCCGCCGUGCGCCUCCCCCCCCUGCUGCAGCAGCUGCAGGCAGGGGCAGGCGGAGGGGGAGGGAAAGGGGAAGAGGGCCGGGAGGUGGGGAAGGAAAGGGGAAGGGGAAUUGCUGGUGGGGUGAUGGGAGGGACGGAGGGAAGCUGGGGGGGUGAGAGACACGGAGAGGAAGGGCAUGAGGGAGAGGAGGAGGAUGAGGAAGAAGGGGAGGGAGGGGAGGACGGAGGUGAGGAGGAGGGAGAAAGGGGGGGAGAAGGGGAGGGGUCACAAGGGAACUUGGAAGAUAAGGAGGGGCCAUUUAGGUCAGAGGGUACUGGCGGUGAAGCAUGUGCCGUGGGUGAGGGACGGGGAGCAGGGAGGAUGGAUGGGUGUGAGAAGGGAGAGAGGGACGGAGGAAAUGGAAUGCUGGUGGGGAGAGAGGAGGGAGGAAGGGAUGGUGCAGAUGCAGGAAGGGCGAUGAACAGAGGGGAUGUUGGGUCCUGUGGCAGUGGUGCUUGUGGUGACGUUGUAAUGACGGAUGCAAGUGUGUCAACAGCAGCAGCACAGGCAGUGGCAGGGCAGGCAGAGCGGGCGGUAGGGGAGGUAGCAGCUGGGGAGGCAACAGGGGAGGUAACAGGGGAGGCAGCAGCUGUGGCAGAGGAGUCAGAUGACGAUGAUGUGGUGGUGUUGGUGGAGGAAGGAUCAGUGAGGGAGGAGGUGGACGCAGCGGCAGCAGCAGGGACAAGGGGUUGCCUGCCAGAGGCAUCAGGAAGGAGUGUGCGCAGCGAAGCAAGGCCCAAUGCUAGUGCAGCAGGUGCUGUGAUGCCAGUUGCACGUGCUGAUGUGGCACAAGCGGCACAUGCUGAUGUGGUGCCAGCGAAGCAGGCCCAGGCUGACGUGGAGUGGCCCAGAUUGGAGGGCACUGCUGCGCUGGCGCUGAGUCAGCAGGUGCGGUGCCACGCGUACGUGCAGAGAUAUGCUGAAAUGCUGCAGGUUUCAGGUAGAGAGGGGAGGAGCUCAGCAGGUGAAGAAGCUCCUAAGGACUCUAAUCAAGAGGGGGCGGAAGGAGAGAAUGAGGGUGAAAGUUGUUUGGGGCUCGUGAAGGAAGAAGAAAGGCAGGUGGAAGGGAAAGUGAAGGAAGAGGAGGGGAUAAGAGACGGCGGGGAGGAAGUCAAGCAAGGAGAGGAGCACAAAGCACGCAGGAGGGAGCAGGAAAUGCAGCUGAUCCGUUCAGAUGGUGCACUGGUGCAGGUGGCACCUGAGGGAGGCACACCUGAGGACGAGGUCACAUCAGAGCUCAUCAUAGCACAGACCCAGCUGCUGUCCGUCCUGCACACCCUCUCCCACCGUUGUCAACACCUGCUGCACCGCAUGCUACCGCGCCUGCAGACGGAGAGGCAAGCAGCAGAGGCGCAGCAGCAGGGGAAGGCGGCAGUUGAGGAGUAUCUUGGGGUGCUGAGGGAGCAGCGGAAGCAGGGGCGGAGGGACCGGCGGGAGAGGGAGGCCCAGGCUGUGCUGGCAGCGGCUGAGGCUGCUGCUGCUGCUUCUCCCCGUGUGGGGCAUUUGAAGCGGGACCCUGGGGGCCCUGCUGGGGUGGGUGCUGCUGCUCCUGCUAGUCCUCUGGGCGUUUCUUCUCUUGCUGCUGCUGGUCCUGCUGCAGGUGCUGCUGCUGCUGCUGCUGCUGCUGCUGCUGCUGCUGCUGCUGCGGGGUUGUUGAAUGGAGUGGGUGGUGAGGGGGAUGGACAGAUGGAGAGUGGUGCAGUGAGGUAUGGGGAGGUGGGGGAGGCAGUGGAGGAGGGGGAGGAAGGGGAACGCAAGUGGGAAGGCGAGGUAGAGGAGGAGGGUAUGUGGAGGGAGUGUGGGGCGUGCUGGCAGAGGGAGUGUGGGUCGCACAAGAGCAUGAUUGAGUGUGGAAAGUGCCACGUGGCUGUUCACCACUGGUGUUACGGCGUGCCUGAAGGGAGGUCGGGGCCGUGGUUGUGCCAGGUGUGCCGCUGGAAUUGGGCGGUGGGAGGGGAGGAGAGGGAAGGGCAUCAAAAGCAGCAUCAGGUGGAGCAGAAGCAGCAGGUGGAGCAGAAGCAGCAGGUGGAGCAGAAGCAGCAGGUGGAGCAGAAGCAGCAGGUGGAGCAGAAGCAGCAGGUGGAGCAGAAGCAGCAGGUGGAGCAGAAGCAGCAGGUGGAGCAGAAGCAGCAGGUGGAGCAGAAGCAGCAGGUGGAGCAGAAGCAGCAGGUGGAGCAGAAGCAGCAGGUGGAGCAGAAGCAGCAGGUGGAGCAGAAGCAGCAGGUGGAGCAGAAGCAGCAGGUGGAGCAGAAGCAGCAGGUGGAGCAGAAGCAGCAGGUGGAGCAGAAGCAGCAGGUGGAGCAGAAGCAGCAGGUGGAGCAGAAGCAGCAGGUGGAGCAGAAGCAGCAGGUGGAGCAGCAGCAGCAGGUGGAGCAGAAGCAGCAGGUGGAGCAGAAGCAGCAGGUGGAGCAGCAGCAGCAGGUGGAGCAGAAGCAGCAGGUGGAGCAGCAGCAGCAGGUGGAGCAGCAGCAGCAGGUGGAGCAGAAGCAGCAGGUGGAGCAGCAGCAGCAGGUGGAGCAGCAGCAGCAGGUGGAGCAGAAGCAGCAGGUGGAGCAGAAGCAGCAGGUGGAGCAGAAGCAGCAGGUGGAGCAGAAGCAGCAGGUGGAGCAGAAGCAGCAGGUGGAGCAGAAGCAGCAGGUGGAGCAGAAGCAGCAGGUGGAGCAGAAGCAGCAGGUGGAGCAGAAGCAGCAGGUGGAGCAGAAGCAGCAGGUGGAGCAGAAGCAGCAGGUGGAGCAGAAGCAGCAGGUGGAGCAGAAGCAGCAGGUGGAGCAGAAGCAGCAGGUGGAGCAGAAGCAGCAGGUGGAGCAGCAGCAGCAGGUGGAGCAGCAGCAGCAGGUGGAGCAGCAGCAGCAGGUGGAGCAGAGCAGAGGUGGAGCAGCAGCAGCAGGUGGAGCAGAAGCAGCAGGUGGAGCAGAAGCAGCAGGUGGAGCAGAAGCAGCAGGUGGAGCAGAAGCAGCAGGUGGAGCAGAAGCAGCAGGUGGAGCAGAAGCAGCAGGUGGAGCAGAAGCAGCAGGUGGAGCAGAAGCAGCAGGUGGAGCAGAAGCAGCAGGUGGAGCAGAAGCAGCAGGGGAGCAGAAGCAGCAGGUGGAGCAGAAGCAGCAGGUGGAGCAGAAGCAGCAGGUGGAGCAGAAGCAGCAGGUGGAGCAGAAGCAGCAGGUGGAGCAGAAGCAGCAGGUGGAGCAGAAGCAGCAGGUGGAGCAGAAGCAGCAGGUGGAGCAGAAGCAGCAGGUGGAGCAGAAGCAGCAGGUGGAGCAGAAGCAGCAGGUGGAGCAGAAGCAGCAGGUGGAGCAGCAGCAGCAGGUGGAGCAGCAGCAGCAGGUGGAGCAGCAGCAGCAGGUGGAGCAGAAGCAGCAGGUGGAGCAGAAGCAGCAGGUGGAGCAGAAGCAGCAGGUGGAGCAGAAGCAGCAGGUGGAGCAGAAGCAGCAGGUGGAGCAGAAGCAGCAGGUGGAGCAGAAGCAGCAGGUGGAGCAGAAGCAGCAGGUGGAGCAGAAGCAGCAGGUGGAGCAGAAGCAGCAGGUGGAGCAGAAGCAGCAGGUGGAGCAGAAGCAGCAGGUGGAGCAGAAGCAGCAGGUGGAGCAGAAGCAGCAGGUGGAGCAGAAGCAGCAGGUGGAGCAGAAGCAGCAGGUGGAGCAGAAGCAGCAGGUGGAGCAGAAGCAGCAGGUGGAGCAGAAGCAGCAGGUGGAGCAGAAGCAGCAGGUGGAGCAGAAGCAGCAGGUGGAGCAGAAGCAGCAGGUGGAGCAGAAGCAGCAGGUGGAGCAGAAGCAGCAGGUGGAGCAGAAGCAGCAGGUGGAGCAGAAGCAGCAGGUGGAGCAGAAGCAGCAGGUGGAGCAGAAGCAGCAGGUGGAGCAGAAGCAGCAGGUGGAGCAGAAGCAGCAGGUGGAGCAGAAGCAGCAGGUGGAGCAGAAGCAGCAGGUGGAGCAGAAGCAGCAGGUGGAGCAGAAGCAGCAGGUGGAGCAGAAGCAGCAGGUGGAGCAGAAGCAGCAGGUGGAGCAGAAGCAGCAGGUGGAGCAGAAGCAGCAGGUGGAGCAGAAGCAGCAGGUGGAGCAGAAGCAGCAGGUGGAGCAGAAGCAGCAGGUGGAGCAGAAGCAGCAGGUGGAGCAGAAGCAGCAGGUGGAGCAGAAGCAGCAGGUGGAGCAGAAGCAGCAGGUGGAGCAGAAGCAGCAGGUGGAGCAGAAGCAGCAGGUGGAGCAGAAGCAGCAGGUGGAGCAGAAGCAGCAGGUGGAGCAGAAGCAGCAGGUGGAGCAGAAGCAGCAGGUGGAGCAGAAGCAGCAGGUGGAGCAGAAGCAGCAGGUGGAGCAGAAGCAGCAGGUGGAGCAGAAGCAGCAGGUGGAGCAGAAGCAGCAGGUGGAGCAGAAGCAGCAGGUGGAGCAGAAGCAGCAGGUGGAGCAGAAGCAGCAGGUGGAGCAGAAGCAGCAGGUGGAGCAGAAGCAGCAGGUGGAGCAGAAGCAGCAGGUGGAGCAGAAGCAGCAGGUGGAGCAGAAGCAGCAGGUGGAGCAGAAGCAGCAGGUGGAGCAGAAGCAGCAGGUGGAGCAGAAGCAGCAGGUGGAGCAGAAGCAGCAGGUGGAGCAGAAGCAGCAGGUGGAGCAGAAGCAGCAGGUGGAGCAGAAGCAGCAGGUGGAGCAGAAGCCGCAGGUGGAGCAGAAGCAGCAGGUGGAGCAGAAGCCGCAGGUGGAGCAGAAGCAGCAGGUGGAGCAGAAGCAGCAGGUGGAGCAGAAGCCGCAGGUGGAGCAGAAGCAGCAGGUGGAGCAGAAGCAGCAGGUGGAGCAGAAGCAGCAGGUGGAGCAGAAGCCGCAGGUGGAGCAGAAGCAGCAGGUGGAGCAGAAGCCGCAGGUGGAGCAGAAGCAGCAGGUGGAGCAGAAGCCGCAGGUGGAGCAGAAGCAGCAGGUGGAGCAGAAGCCGCAGGUGGAGCAGAAGCAGCAGGUGGAGCAGAAGCAGCAGGUGGAGCAGAAGCCGCAGGUGGAGCAGAAGCAGCAGGUGGAGCAGAAGCCGCAGGUGGAGCAGAAGCAGCAGGUGGAGCAGAAGCAGCAGGUGGAGCAGAAGCCGCAGGUGGAGCAGAAGCCGCAGGUGGAGCAGAAGCAGCAGGUGGAGCAGAAGCCGCAGGUGGAGCAGAAGCAGCAGGUGGAGCAGAAGCCGCAGGUGGAGCAGAAGCAGCAGGUGGAGCAGAAGCCGCAGGUGGAGCAGAAGCCGCAGGUGGAGCAGAAGCCGCAGGUGGAGCAGAAGCCGCAGGUGGAGCAGAAGCAGCAGGUGGAGCAGAAGCCGCAGGUGGAGCAGAAGCCGCAGGUGGAGCAGAAGCCGCAGGUGGAGCAGAAGCCGCAGGUGGAGCAGAAGCCGCAGGUGGAGCAGAAGCAGCAGGUGGAGCAGAAGCCGCAGGUGGAGCAGAAGCAGCAGGUGGAGCAGAAGCCGCAGGUGGAGCAGAAGCCGCAGGUGGAGCAGAAGCCGCAGGUGGAGCAGAAGCCGCAGGUGGAGCAGAAGCCGCAGGUGGAGCAGAAGCCGCAGGUGGAGCAGAAGCCGCAGGUGGAGCAGAAGCAGCAGGUGGAGCAGAAGCCGCAGGUGGAGCAGAAGCCGCAGGUGGAGCAGAAGCCGCAGGUGGAGCAGAAGCCGCAGGUGGAGCAGAAGCAGCAGGUGGAGCAGAAGCCGCAGGUGGAGCAGAAGCCGCAGGUGGAGCAGAAGCCGCAGGUGGAGCAGAAGCCGCAGGUGGAGCAGAAGCCGCAGGUGGAGCAGAAGCAGCAGGUGGAGCAGAAGCCGCAGGUGGAGCAGAAGCCGCAGGUGGAGCAGAAGCCGCAGGUGGAGCAGAAGCCGCAGGUGGAGCAGAAGCAGCAGGUGGAGCAGAAGCCGCAGGUGGAGCAGAAGCCGCAGGUGGAGCAGAAGCCGCAGGUGGAGCAGAAGCCGCAGGUGGAGCAGAAGCCGCAGGUGGAGCAGAAGCCGCAGGUGGAGCAGAAGCCGCAGGUGGAGCAGAAGCAGCAGGUGGAGCAGAAGCCGCAGGUGGAGCAGAAGCCGCAGGUGGAGCAGAAGCCGCAGGUGGAGCAGAAGCCGCAGGUGGAGCAGAAGCAGCAGGUGGAGCAGAAGCCGCAGGUGGAGCAGAAGCCGCAGGUGGAGCAGAAGCCGCAGGUGGAGCAGAAGCCGCAGGUGGAGCAGAAGCCGCAGGUGGAGCAGAAGCAGCAGGUGGAGCAGAAGCCGCAGGUGGAGCAGAAGCCGCAGGUGGAGCAGAAGCCGCAGGUGGAGCAGAAGCCGCAGGUGGAGCAGAAGCAGCAGGUGGAGCAGAAGCCGCAGGUGGAGCAGAAGCCGCAGGUGGAGCAGAAGCCGCAGGUGGAGCAGAAGCCGCAGGUGGAGCAGAAGCCGCAGGUGGAGCAGAAGCCGCAGGUGGAGCAAGAGGAGCGGCCGCAUGAGCAGCAAGGGUCACAUGUCGCCUGCGCCCUCUGCUCUCCUGCUGGGCAAAAGGAGCAGGAGGGAGACGAGGGGGGGAAGAAGGGCGAGAGGGAGGAGGCCGGCGAGGGGGGAGAAGGGGAGAAGCAGAGUGAGGAGGCAGGGCAAAGACAGGGAGGAGAGGCAGCAGCAGUGUUGGGGGAGGUAGGGAGGGGAGAAAAGGGGGAGGUGGUGAAAAAGAGGGGAGUUGAUGGGGUGACAGGGGGAGAGGGAGUGAGAGUGGAGGGGGGCAGUAGAUGUUGUAGAGGGGUGGAUGUUGUGCUGUUGAGAGAAGGCACUUUCCAGGGAGGAGAGAGAGGGGGAGUGCCAGUGAUGGAGGGGGGAGCGAGAAGGGAUAGGGCGAUAGAGGAGAGAGGCAGAGGGGAUGGGGGGACGGAGACAGGAAGUGGAGGGGGGAGUAGUGGAGACGGGAGGAGGGAUGGGGGGAUAAGUGGGAGCAGGGAGGAGGAGGAGGAGGGGAAAGGGAGGGUGGCGAGUGAGGGACGGGCAGCAUUGAAGCAAACGGACGAGUGGGUGCAUCUUUUGUGCGCUCAGGCGCUUUUUCCCAACUGUGCUGUUCUCGGUGCUCCUGAGGAUGCACCACUCAGCCUUACUGGUGCCAUCCCUCCCAGCAUGCAGCAGCGCCGCUGCUGCUUCUGCCACUCCUCAUCUGCACACCCACGCACACAGUGCACCACGCCAGGCUGCCCCUGUGUAAUGCAUCCCAUGUGUGCGCGCCACUGCUCUCGCCUCACCACUCCCCCGCCACCUCAAGAGCCACCUGAACAGUCCCCUCCUGUCUGCACUCCUAUCCCACCUCCCUCUACCGCCACUGCCACUGCCACUUCCACAACCCGCGCCACUGCCCCCACCACUGCCGCUGUCUCUCCUGCUCCUCCCCCAACAGCCUGUCCCACUGCCGCUGGUAUCGCCGCUGCUGAUUCUCCUGCCAUUGCAACACCUGCUGCUAUUUCCUCUCCUCCUCCUCCUCUCUCCUCCACUCCUUCCUCCAUUCCUGCUCUAGUGCCCUCCCAUCCUCUCUCCUCUCUCGAAGUAGCACUCCCUCCUCCUCCACCACCCACUGCCACCACCGCAGUCCCUGUCAAACCCACUCGGGCAGCUGUGAAAAUUCACUUGUACUGCCCAGAGCAUGCAGCAGCUUUCGGCAUCCGAAAGUUCGACCCCCAUUCCCAGCAAUCCCUCCUCCCCAGUAGCACCUCCCUGCUCCCCUCCAACGCACCUUUCUUGCCCUCAAAGCGCCGAGCUUCAGUUUCCUUCGCAAAUCAUGAGGAUCAGAAGAGGUGCUGUGUGGGAGUGGCUGAGGGGGAGGGUGGGGAUGAUGAUAGACUGGGUAGGGUGAUUGUGGGUGGAGCAGGGAGACAGGCGUUUGGAGCAGAACAAAGCUCGCAAGGAAAGCAAGCAGGGGGUGUGAAGACAAGGCCAUUGUUGAAGCUGCAGCUGUCUUACCUCGCCACACAUUCGGCUGCGCGUGCCCUCAAUGCACGCUUGCCUCCAGGCUAUCGAUACGUGCCCGUCACUAAACUCGAUAAUCACUAA